AUAAUAAAUUAAUUUUUCUUUUAAAAUAAGUUAUAAAUUAAAACGUAAAUAAUUAAAAACGUCUGAUAGUGAUGUUACUAAGUUUUAGAUAUUUUAGAUUAAAUCGACAUGGAAAAAUAAUCAUUGCCCGCAUAAAUACAACAUCAUCAUAUUUACAAGGCCUUAUUCCUUUCUUUUUCUUUUCCAAUAUUCCGCUUAUUUCACAAUUUCUUAUAAACAUUUUGUGCCUCUUUACACAAUGAAACAUUUUUUUUAUGUCAUAGGUUAAACAAGCAGAAGUAUUACCUGGUGGUAAGCAAUCAGCGCUGCCCAUAGACACUCGUAGUACCAAAGGAGUUACUACAAGUGCGUUGCCAUUAUUAUUGUGGGUUAUUAGGAAUUUAAGGAGA